AUGGCCGCUUAUACAUCGGACGAAGAGGUCGACAAGUCAUAUACUAGACUGCGUGCCACUUUUCUCUCUGGGAAAACAAAGUCUAUCGCUUGGCGCAAAUGGCAAUUAAAGCAGGUCUGGUGGCUGGUAAAUGACAACAAGCAGCAACUGCUAGAUGCACUGCAUACCGAUCUAAAUAAACAUAACUAUGAGUCGUUCUUUACGGAGUGCACAGGAGUUCUCAAUGACGUUUUGGAUCAUCUUGAGCAUAUAGAGGUGUGGACGAAGCCCAAGCAUCCAGAAGGGUCCUUGGUCAUGAACUAUCUCAUGGGUGCUACUCUCAGCCCAGAGCCACGAGGUUUAGUGUUGAUAAUUGGUCCAUGGAACUUCCCAAUAUCGCUUAUUCUACAGCCGCUGGUUGCUGCCAUUACAGCGGGCUGCACUGUACUACUUAAACCAUCAGAAAUGGCUAGGGCAAGUCAGGCUUGCUUGGAAGAGCUCAUACCACGGUACUUAGAUAACGAUGCCAUUCGCGUGAUUACAGGUGGCCCAGCGGAAACAACGAGGCUUUUACAGAGACAAUAUGACCAUAUCUUUUUCACAGGCUCACCAGGAGUUGGACGCCACAUUGCACUUGCUGCCGCCAAGCAUCUGACGCCGACGGUGCUCGAACUCGGUGGACAAGGUCCAUCAGUUGUUACUGCAUCGGCAGACAUUGAUUUUGCAGCGAAGAGUAUUGUGUCAACAAAAUACAUCAAUGCUGGCCAGAUAUGCCUUGCCGUUAACCAUGUAUUGGCCCAUCCUUCCAUCGCAGCAAAACUUGUCGAGCGUAUGCAGUAUCAUCUCAAACAAUUCGACUUGGACGGGUCCAAAGCAAUGACAAAAAUAAUCAACAGAAAGAACUUUGAUCGCUUGAAGUCUGCUAUUGAAGCAAGUAACGGAACCGUUGUCUACGGAGGAGUGGCAGAUGCCGAAGCGCUGAACAUUCGACCAACUAUCCUGACAGAUGUAAAGGCUACUGAUCCGAUCAUGAAUGAUGAGAUUUUUGGCCCUAUAUGCCCCAUUUUGAUUGCCACAACUGCGGAGGCCAUUCAGUCCAUCAAUAGCAAACCGCAUCCGCUUGCUAUUUACAUUUUUAGCCAUAAUCAGAAAGAAAUUGACGAAAUAAUUGCGUCAACUAUAUCCGGUGGUGUCACCGUCAACGAUACGUUACUUCAUUCUGCUGUCCCUGGUGCCCCAUUUGGUGGUGUUGGGGAGUCAGGCUACGGAGCCUAUCAUGGAGCAUACGGCUUCACGGAAUUCUCCCACAUACGCAUUAUUUCACAGCCGGGCCGUCUUGUUAGGUCCUUUUUCUCCCUUCGUUUCCCGCCGUAUUCAAAACAAGAUUUAAACAAAAUUGAUAUUAAAAACCGUCUAGGUUUCAAACGGGGUGAAACAAUGGCAGAUCAGACAAUACGGCUUGAGCAGGCCCUUUGGAAUAAGGGUGGCCAAAUUUUGCGGUGGACAAUUGUAUUUUGUUUUGUUGUUCUAGCAGAUAAGUGGUCCGGAAGUUGGCUUGGUCUGUGGUGGUUGACGACUCAGGCUGGUCGAUUAGCUAAACAGCUGGAGCUUUCAAACGCAAGUAUCUUAAGUUUUCAUCGGCGAAUAUGGACUUAG